CCCUUCGCAUCCUCAAGAAACGCGUUGUUCCCUCUCGGCCCCAACCCAAAUCUCUUUGCGAGAGUGAGAUAGAGAGAAUUAGGGUUAGGGUUUGCAGACAAGCGGAGGAAGGAACAUCCCAGGUUCCAUAGAGAUCGGAAAUCUCCUCUUUACUUCCUCCCUCUCUCUACGCGAAUCCAUUGUUUGUUGAAUCACGACGAGAUCUCCCCGAAAAAAUGAGGCAACCCCAAGCAUUUCCCAUCGCAGAAAACGACGCCGCCGACGAUAUGCACGAGGCAAUGUUGACGAAGAGGGGAUGCUGUUUCAUAUUGCCGUGCCUGGGCUCAUCUCAGCCAUCCGACGCCGGAUCCGUCUGGUGGCAGCGGAUCAGGACCGCCGAUAAACGCGAGGCCGACGAGCGCUGGUGGAUCCGCGGAUGGCGGAAGCUCCGGGAAUGGUCGGAGCUCGUCGCCGGGCCCAAGUGGAAGACAUUCAUCCGCCGCCUCGGCCGCCACCGCAGCUGUUGUGGCGGAGGAAUCUCGGCCCGACCCGAUCACGGGACAUACCGGUACGAUCCGUUGAGCUACUCGUUGAACUUCGACGACGGAGGAGCGGGGCCAAACGGCCAUUUCGACGAUGGGGUUCCCUACAGAGAUUUCUCGGCGAGGUUCACCGGACCGCCGUCGCUGCCGGUGUCAACAAAGUGCUCCAUUGAUUUCGACAACGAUUUUGCCGCUCACGCGCCGCAGCUGUCCAAGUGAGAGUGACGCGCUUUGUCAUUUUCUUCAGGGGGCUGUCAUAUAACGUGCGCCGCACCGGUUGUGCCGGGGAGAUCGGAGGCCAUGAGAAUAUAGCGUUGACUUUUCUUUGCAACAGAUAAAGUAUUCUAUACAUUUUUGCUUCUUCGUUCUUUCUGGUGCCUCUUUGGUGUUUGUUCUCCUUAAAAUGCAAGGCGUUUUUAUUCUGCCAUUAUCUCUUCUAUCAAGCGUGGGAAAUUCUUCAUGUGUAGAGAAAGAAAGGCAGUCAUGUUCUAAUCCUGCUUUUAUUGGGGACAAGAAAAACACUUGUAUUGAUUUUACAAGUAAACAAUGUUGAAUCCACCGGCUAAAAUUUAAAAAAUAGUACUUUUGCUUUUA